AUGAAUUUAUCAGGUUUGAGCAACAAUGUGGUCAAGUUUAAUGGGCUCAAUUAUGCUGAUUGGUCAAAACAAAUCCAGUUCCAACUGGGUGUGUUAGACUUGGACAUGGCAAUUAUGAUGGAUGAAAUGCCCGCAGUCAUUACAGAGACUAGUACAAGUGAUGAGAAGUCUCUUUAUGAGGCUUGGCAUAGGUCUAACAGGCUAUCACUAAACUUGAUGCGCAUGUCUAUGGCAGAGAAUGUAAAGCCUUCUAUGCCUAAAACGGAAAACGCAAAGGAAUUCAUGAAACUGAUCAAGGAGUACUCAUAA